GAGAAAGCUCUUCCGCUUAACGCUUACGGGUACGGUUUAUUGAACUUUUUAAAGUUUAAAACGUUGCGAAAGUCGAGCGCGUUCGUUAGAGAAGGGGAACUAUCUCGCUUCGGUUGCGUAACCUUUGAUCACGUUGACCAAUCAAAAAUGAGCUGUCGUGUCCAUAGCAGGGUACGGGAAGCCGCUUGGUCCGCAAAGCUUCUCAGCGCUGACCGUCGCCAGCAGGAAAGCAACGACACAACACGUUAUAGCGGUUUGCAGCGGAGGCACGAAAUACCUGAAAGUGAGGAUUACAGAAUGAGGCGUCCCGCACAGUGCCUGUUCCUCUUCCUCUCCUGCUCCUUUCUGUGUGCUCUCACUCAGGAGUCCCCUCACCAGCAGCAGCCCCCUCCUGUAAUAGGAGGCUCAGCCCACAUAAAUCGCCUGGACAGAAACAUGGUGCAAGACAAAGACCACAUCAUGGAGCAUUUGGAGGGCGUCAUCGACAAACCCGAGAAAGACAUGACGCCCCAGGAGCUUCAGCUGCAUUAUUUUAAGAUGCACGAUUACGAUGGAAACAAUCUGCUGGAUGGUCUGGAGUUGGCCACUGCUAUUACACAUGUGCACAAAGAGGAGAGAGGGGAGCACAGCCAGCCAAUGAAGGAGGAGGAGCUCAUCGCGCUGAUCGACGACGUUCUGAGAGACGACGACAAGAACAACGACGGGUACAUCGAUUACGCAGAGUUCGCCAAGUCGCUGGAGUAGAUGAUCUCGCUGUUUCCUCGUGGCUGCAGCAUCCAGAAUGAGGGGAGGGGCGGCACGUCGGCGUACUCUGAGCCCGACUUGCUUCGCCUUUCAUUUACAAUCGUUCAGGGGUACUCGUAAUUUACAAAGCUCGUGACAAUUCUCUCAUAUCGGAUGGUAGGAGCACAACUCCCUGUAAUUUCACAAGAUACACAAAAGAAAAUAGACUUUGAACCCUGUCUUUGUGGAUUGUGCUGUUUUUAAAGGGUCAGUUUAACCAAAUGCUCUUUUGUUUUUUUUUGUAAAUUCACACUUUGAGGGUCACUAUGCUUGGUGUUUUCUACCCAAGUACACCAGCCAACCCCUGUACAGACCAGUGUCUCAUGUUUGGUGAUGAGCCCAGCAGCAGAGCUCCUAAAAGCAGUAAAAGAUAAAGUUGUUUGGUUGAACUGACUCUCUGAGUGGGAGUUCUUCACCUCUUCAGCAGCACUUAUUACAACGGACCAGUUCAUUUCAAACACAAACACACACGCCAUUUUUAAAUUUAAUAAAACACACCAGCUGUUUGAGUCUACAUUUAGGACCAAAUGAUUUCUUGUGAUGAUAAUUAGGCAAAUAAGUUUGCUUUGAUCGUCGGAUGAAGGGUGAACCGGGCUAACUGACGAGCGAGUUAGCGGUCAGUGCGGCGCCUUUGUGUCCGGCUAUCAAAACGAGCCAAACGUGGCUCGCUUCUGGUCAGCCGCAGGGUGCACGACUCUAAUCAGUCACCACAGGAAUGUAAAGCAGAGCUGCAUCAGAUUCUGCAACACUGAAUAAGCUAGACUGAACGCACGCUGCCGGACUCCUCUGCAGGCUGGAGUUUCAGGGAAGCUCUCGCUCAGAUGUUGGCUGCCUUUUUUUUUUUUAAAAAAUGCAUAGAGUUCAAAUGCAUCAUGCCAAGUUUGUUGAAUCCAUCUAAAGUCUAAUUUUUCAUAUGAUCGUCAACUUGAUGCUUCAGUCAGCUCUGAUCACAGACUGAAAUGAUGUAAAGGUGUAACAAAUGUAACUUUGAAUGUGAAAAGAAAACCGUUUUCUCUCUUGUUACUUUCAAGGUAAAUGAUGUUGUUUGGUUCUGGAGGAUUAAACUCGUGAAAUCACA